AAAUAUUCGACCCGUAAAUUAAAAACAUCUGUUGCCUGAACUUUCCGGUGUAAUGUGAGAACUCGCCAUAGCACAAGAUAACCUAUGAAUCCGAAGCUCAAAGAUCACAGGCAUAUUCACACAGAAGACUGCUUUGCUGUCACAGUCAGAUUGUUGGAGGAUGACACGAUCAGCGAAGUCGACGUUCCCGAAGACGCAACGGGUAAAUGGCUUUUUGAGGAGGUAUGCCGUCGUCAGGACGUCAUGGAAGAGCGGGAGUAUUUCGGUCUCCGGUAUUUGGAACAUGACUUACUGUCCUCCCCGACCAAGCAAUGGAUCGAUUUAACCCGCGGUCUCUUUGUCCAAUUGAAAAAUACCCAUCCCCGAACGGUGAGCUUUCGCAUCAAGCACUAUCCGGCUGAUCCUUUUGCGGAUCUCAAGUUGGCCAAGACCCACUACCUUUUGUACCGACAGUUACGACGGGAUCUCGCCAGUGGGCGUUUGGUUUCUGGGGUUGACGAAAUGGUACGGUUAGCCGCUCUAAUCGUUCAAGAUCCGAGAAGAGCUAUGUUGUCUGUGUACUCUACGUCUGUGGGCGAAUGUCCCGUGAGCACUUCGACCCCACUGGCAUUAGAGUCCGGCGGUGAGUCUUCCAUAAUCGUAUCGGUGACAAAGUUAAAGAAGAAGGCCCUGCCUGACUCCACUUGGUGUGGUGAACUCAGACGAGAGCUUCUCGUGAAGCUUCACAAGUCCGCGGGAGUUGGCGUACAGUACCUUAAGGAAGGCCAAGAAUUUAUUGGAGGGACCUUUGCUUCACAGACGUUGACAGGUGCCUGA